UGGGUCCCAGUUCCGCAUCAAUCUAUUGUACCUUGCUGCCAGGAAGAUUCUCGAGAGUUUAAGUAUCGCGAUGGAAAUACGACUCUUGAAUGCCAUCCUGGCCACAACGCAUACAAACCUGCCAUAUACACUAUCAUUCAGUGCGGUACAAUCUACACUAUCAGCAUCGUGGUAGUGUGCGCUCUACAGCUUUCCGGGAAUCCAGCUGGUCUCAUGGCAACGCACGUCGGCGUUCAGUUUGCCACCUUGACACCUCUUCUUCUCAUCACCGAUAUUAGGGGGACACGCAGAGAACAUGAUGAUGAUCCACCAGAUACUGUGGAACCCACUUUCGCUCGACCUGUCGAGGUCAACAUCGCAGAGGAGAUCCAUACCCACCCUCGUGAAACUUGUGACCCUAUGAAUCCAUGACUUAUCCGGAAGAAUCAGAGUCUGCGUGCAUACGAUGACAAUGAAAAGUAUUCAUAGGUUUUUCCCUCUGACGAGAGCAUCAGACACUGAGGCCCACUUUCAAGUUCGCUCAAUCAGUUUCUGACCUUCGCCGCUUGAAUUCAAGUAUUAACUAUGGGAGUUGCCAGAUACAACUCCAGAUGUGUUUCG